GUCGAUGUCCUGGGUCUUCGCCUAUCAGUCUCGGAUGUACCGCGGCGCUGUAUAAACCGCCUGCUCCAAAAAUCCUGAAUACAUUUCAAUUUUGCUAUUAGCAUUCGCUACGCGCGGCUCGCCCUAGGCCGUACGACGCACGCCACUGACACAUUUCUGCUGUUACGUGCGUUUAUUGAAUUUAGAACAGUUUUGUUUUUUUUUAAUCGGUGCAAUAAACACUCUGUGACACACGUGCUCUAGGAUCUUUGGUGUUUCACGGAAGAGGUUUACUUGGAAUGAUGAAGAUGCUUAUUAAAAGGCGCAGUGAUCCGUCGUUCCUAACCGUAUGGAUAUUUUUAUUACAAAUGUUGGGCAGUGGUCAUCGUGGCGCUGAAGGCCACGGGAGACUGAUGGACCCUCCCGCAAGAAAUUCUAUGUGGCGUUUCGGUUUCCCGAAUCCUGUCAACUAUAACGACAACGAAUUAUUCUGUGGAGGAUAUGCAGUCCAGUGGGAACAGAACCAGGGGAGAUGCGGCGUGUGCGGCGACGCGGACCACAUCACAGAACCGCGACCCCAUGAGGCUGGCGGGAUGUAUGGCAAGGGGAUUAUUACACGACACUAUAGCGUUGGACAGGAAAUCGAAGUGGAAAUCGAGCUGACAGCAAAUCAUCUCGGCACGUUUGUUAUGAAAUUGUGCCCCAACAACAACCCUAAGCAAGAAGCUACACAGGAAUGCUUUGACAGGUAUCCUUUGUACGUGUCAGGCACACGAGAAGAUAGGUUCCUCAUUCCUCUGGAUACGGCAAAGAAAGAGGUGUUCAGAUAUAGAGUUCGAUUACCAGCCUACAUUACGUGUACACAAUGCGUGCUUCAAUGGACAUACUAUACAGGCAAUAUGUGGGGUAUAUGUCCGAACGGUACAGAAGCGGUAGGAUGCGGACGUUCUGAAACAUUCAGGAACUGUGCUGAUAUCAGCAUUAUCACCAGUACGGGUGGCCUACCGCCAGCAUUCGCCGGAGACCUUCGACGGGACAAUCCAUACUUGUUGUACUACAGGGAUUACAGUAUGCCACAGAACAUCUAUCCUCUUGUCGUCAGCCAAUACAAAAGUUUGUACAAGGAAAAAUUGCAAGACGUUAGCAAUGAUAUUUCAGACCUAGAAGGAAAUCUAGGUCCACCUAUAAUAAUUAGAGAUCAAGUGUGCCUGCCCUCAGAUGGUUUCCGUAUGCUGCCAGGAAUGCAGAAUUGGUGUCAAACCAAUUGCCUUCGAUACCCGCCAAAUUGCCCCGAUGCUUUAUGUCAUUGCCCACAAGUUUGCGAAUCCAUCGGCGAAUGGGAAGGGAGAGACGGAGCUGAUGUGUACUGCAUGGACUUAUGUAUCGUGUACCCACCCCGUUGUCCUAGGGACAAGUGCCUUUGUUAUUGAAACCAUUAAAAGCAUUAAAGGUGAUAACAACAGAACAACUCUCAGUCUUAUCUCAUAACUCUCAUAAAUACAUGAAAUGUUUAUAACAUCUUUAACUAGCAAUAAUAGUCUUUCAAUGCAACGAAGAAUGUAAAUAUUCCAAAUGUUACCUUUGAUGUGGCCUUUAUUAAACAUAAAUAUCAAUUUAUUCAAACUGCCGAAGGCUGAAUUAAUAAAGAACUCGAAAAUAUUUAGACUUCGGGUAAGUUACAGACGUGAAGUAUAACAUAUUUUUAACAUUGUAAAGAUUUGAUUCUUAGGCCACAAAGAUUCCAUUUUCAAAAUCAUAAAUUAAACAGAACAAUAUCUGACCUAUGUUUGGCGUCACCAUAGAUCGCCAUAGAGCAAAGUCUAAGUUUUAUAAACAGCCUCGAUAAAUAGUUUCGCCAAACUCUUUGGUAAUUAAUAUUAUUAUUAAUGUAAGUCAAAACAAAAAAAAACCUUUUUCCUUCAACUAUUUAUAUAUUCUAUAGAAAAUCUUAAAUAAAUGGAGUAGAUAAGAACUAAUCUCAUUAUAUCAUCAUAUUGAUAUGUAGGUAUAAAAUAUAUUUUACUGUAAUAAUUAAAAUAUUUUUGUACAGUUGUAUAUAUAUGAAUAUU